UGUCGAUUGACUUUCAUUUGUCUGCAAUACGCAGGGAGGUGUUAUCGUGGAGAAGCGGGGCUUUAAUAUUCAAACUGAGGAGCUCUCUGAUGGCGCGUGGAGAGUAAAGAACCCAAACACCUGUAGGAAGAACUUUUGACACUCAGAGUCAUAUCAAACUUACGGACAUAAAAAAACAGGAAGGAUUUCGGUUCUUGCACAUGAUGAAGGUGUACUUUGUGCUUCCUCUGACGUUACUGACGUCUGUGAUUUUGGUGGGGUUCAUAAAGAUACGCAAGAAGGAGUACGAAAAGGAGGUGAGGCGGAACCGGUUCCAGGACAUCAAGAUGCGGGUGACCAGCGAUGUCUUCCAGGAGUACCAGAAGGAGAAGGCGGAGAAGCAGAACGAGCUGGAGAAGGCUCAGGCCGAGCUGAAGGCGAUGGAGAACGAAAUCACGGUUGUACUGACCAAAACACAGAAGACGACGGGGGAUUUAGCCGGCUGCAAUGAUUCCCAGAAAUCUGGUGCAGAUCAGGUUGCAGCGUCAGAGACAACCCUGGAAAACCUUAAAGCUGAAACCAAGAAGGAGACAACUGAAUGGAAUGGAGAAAUAGAUCGACUGAAACAGCAGCUGAAAGGAAAAAGCCUAGUCUGUAACUUCUUGAAAGAACAACCAGACCCAAUAAAGAGUAUGUGUGGAAUUAAAGACGUGCCAAAGGCAGAGGCUCCAAAACAAGAGGAGCCAAAGGCAGAGGUUCCAAAACAAGAGGAGCCAAAGAAAGAGGCUCCAAAACAAGAAGAGCCAAAGGCAGAGGCUCCAAAACAAGAGGAGCCAAAGAAAGAGGCUCCAAAACAAGAGGAGCCAAAGAAAGAGGCUCCAAAACAAGAGGAGCCAAAGGCAGAGGCUCCAAAACAAGAGGAGCCAAAGAAAGAGGCUCCAAAACAAGAGGAGCCAAAGAAAGAGGCUCCAAAACAAGAGGAGCCAAAGAAAGAGGCUCCAAAACAAGAGGAGCCAAAGAAAGAGGCUCCAAAACAAGAUGAGCCAAAGGCAGAGGCCCCAAAACAAGAGGAGCCAAAGGCAGAGGCCCCAAAACAAGAGGAGCCAAAGGCAGAGGCCCCAAAGCAAGAGGAGAAAAAGGCAGAGGCCCCCAAGCAAUAGGAGAAAAAGGCAGAGGCCCCCAAGCAAUAGGUGAAAAAGGAGAAACCCUUCCAGAUAAGAGGAGCAAGACAUAAAGACAGAUGCCUUGAAGUAAAAAUAUGCACUACCAUCAUUUUCUACAUCUGAGGGUCAACAGAUCUGUUCACACUGACAUCAGUUUCAUUUUAGCUGGGAUACGAUGUUGCUGUUGACAUGAAGCACAUCCAAGAAAACUAAAAAAAUGUGGAUUUGGUUUUCAGUCGCUUGACAUUUCUGCAAACCGACCAUUCAUUUUAAAGUUGUAGCUUUAAAAUGGUCCGUGCAACAAUCCAUAAAGAUAACACUGAAUUCAAUCAGCCACAAUAACCUAUUUGCAACCAAAUAGGUCAGUGGUGUUAUGUUCUCUUCCAUCUGAAACAUCAAGUUCAAUACAAACCCUGUAGAUUUAAAAAGUAGUUUUUAUUUCUGCAGAUCUUAGACAAAGACCAAUUCUCUGUCGGGUAACUCCACGAGCCACAUCCUAAUUUGUCAAAUCUCCCGGUUUCUUAAAAAGCGUCAUCUGAAUUGUGGUUUUCUUAUUUAUGUCAAGACACUAAAUUUUACAAGCAGUGGAAGAAUGUCUUCAAAUUUGACAGUUCUUUAAAAAAAAACAUGGUUCAGGGUUUGUUUUGCACAUUUUGUGAAACUUGUGUUUGUUAAUGCAUGAAUAACUUUUAUGUGAUUGUUUUUUUGAUAUGUUGCACUUUCCUUAGGAAUUCUGCUGUAUGCAUUAAUUAAUUAAUUAAUUAAACUUCCAUUGCACAACUGAAAAGACAUUGUUUAUUGCAGGGAUUAGGUUUUCUGAGUUUUUUUAUCUGUACUAAAUCAGCAAAGUACUUGCAUUCACAGUGCCCUGCAAAAUUUAUGUCAUGAACCAAUACAAAGAUGUUCAUAAUUGUGAAGCUGAAUAGAAAUGAGGCAUGGUUUUCACAUUUUUUUACAAAUAAAAAUAUGAAAAGUG